AUGGACAAAUCCAAGUAUUUCGCAGGUGGCCACCCAGCGGCGAUAGGCCAGUUCCCGAGUAUAGCUCGGUUGUCCAUCAAGACCACUACUGACACCCUCCUAUGCGCCGGCUCUCUGAUUGGCAAGCGCCACGUUCUGACCGCCGCGCACUGUCUGGACCACGACGUCAAGUACUAUCGGGACAUCUCCAUCUAUUUAGGCAAGUACGACCGCAGGAGCUACCCAGUGGAUUGUGUUAAACACAAAUGCAUCAAAAACAAACUGGUCUAUCCGGACAAGAUUGUGAAGCAUCCUGACUAUAACAGCGUUACGAUAGAAAACGAUAUUGCACUGAUGAGACUGCAGAAACGGGCACCGCUCUCGGCCUACAUCAAGCCUAUACCUCUGCCACCAUUUGACGUCGACCGUCCCAUAAAUAAAGGCGUCUCACUCGCUAUUGUCGGUUGGGGCGAAACGGAGUCUGCCUACUCAUCUAAUAUCCUCCUAGCCACAGAACUAAGCCUCAUACCUAAGGCAGAAUGUUUGAGGCAAGAAUCUGAUGUUCCUGUUAAGCAUAUGUAUGUGGGCGACGCUAAGGGCAAAGAUACCUGUCCUAGAGAUUCCGGCGGCCCGCUUCUCAUGUAUUACCAAGAAAAAUAUUACCUGUCAGGCACUGUCAGCUAUGGACCUUCUAUGAAGUGCGGGACUUCUAAAAUAGGAUACUAUACAAAUGUUUAUAAGUAUAUGAAGUGGACUAAAGAGAAUAUGAAGUAAAGUAGUAAUGAUUUACUGGUGCUUUCAUUCAAUGCAUCCAUCUGAGUAACUAACUGAUAAAAAUACCUAAGACGAGAUUUAUGCGUUAGAGUCGCGUUGUGAUUAUGACCAU